AUGAGUGACGGGAAUUUGCAGCACCACCUGUGGAUGGUGACCUGGGAUGGCCAGUUCUGCCUGUCCCCCAAGUCAAAGGGUGCCAAACGGGUUCUGGAUGUAGGAACCGGAACUGGCAUCUGGGCUCUUGAGUACGCGGACGAGCACCCCGAAGCUGAGGUCAUCGGCGUUGAUCUGAGUCCCAUUCAACCUUCGAGCACGCCCCCCAAUUGCCGGUUUGAGGUCGACGACGUAGACAAAGACUGGACAUGGUCGCAGCCGUUUGAUUUCAUCUUCAUCCGACACGGCAAUUCAUGCUUCGAGAGCUGGGAGAAGCUCCUUCGAAAGGCCUACGACAAACUCGAACCCGGCGGUUACGUUGAGCUGCAGGAUAACGCAUUCCCCAUCCUCAGCGACGACGAAACUUUGAAAGGCACAUCAAUGUCCGGGUGGUCUUCUCUCCUGAUCGAAGCGGUCCAGAAGAUGGGACGGUCCAUUGAAGCGCCCUCGCAGUUCAAGCGGAUGCUGCAGGACGCCGGGUUUGUUGACGUGGUCGAGGUGAAGGAGGUGUGGCCGGUUUCCCCGUGGACCAAGGACAGAAAGCUCUACCACCGGGGAGAGUGGGUAAGGGAGGCGUGCAUGGCGGGGAUAGAGCCUUCGUGCUUGGCUCUUUACACCCGCGUGCUCGGAUGGACGCGCGAGGAGGUGCUCGCGUUCUGUGCUGGGGUCGGGAAUGACUUCAAAAAUCGCAACAUCCAUGCCUACUGGAACGUCUUUGGCGUUUAUGGGAGAAAGCCAUUGGAACAACCACCGGUAGUUGAGUAG